AUGAGCACUUUCGGAGUGCCGCAGCAGCUGACUGCUUCUUCUCCUUCCCACGCGAAGCCCGCAUUCAAAUCGGUGCCCGUUUUGAAGAGCCGGACGAUCGGAACUCUGAAAAGACAUCUUUUCAUCACUUGUAAAACUCUGCUCUACAAUUUUCUGUCAGUCUCUCUCCGCGCGGAUUCGGUUUCUUUUCCAAUCAAUACCGGUAAGCCAUUGCUUUACUCAAAACUUUUGAUUUUCAGAACGUACGCGUACGCGAUUCUCGACGGUUCCCGAUCAUUUUCAGGACAAUUUACAGUUCGUUAUCAGACUUCAAUCUGCAGAAUCUAAAGAAUAAUCUUUCAGAAAGUUUGUGAAAGUGGCCACAACCGGCUACUCAUUCCUCGAUUCCGAUGGCAAACGGAUCGCCAAGUACGGUAUUUACUGGGGAAAAGACGAUCCGCGAAACGGGAUCCGAACGCUUCCGGCCGGUCAGAGCCACGUUGCAGCUGGGCUCACGGCCAUUCUGGAGGCGAUCAACGUGGCAAGAGAGGAGGAUCCGCCGCCGCCGCUCAUGAUUUAUUCGGAUUACGAACUGUGCGAAACACUCCUCCGCGACCUGUCCGGAUGGGCGAAACGGGACUUUUAUCAGCGGAACCACGAACUUAAGCUGAAGAAUGCGGCGGUUCUCAGCGAUCUUUUCCUGGCCGUUCAGGGACUACAACUGAAAAUAGUCUACAAACAAUCGAGAGAUGCUGACAGUUCGAAGAAUCGAGUGGCGACGGCGAUUAUGGAAGGAAUUCAGAAGAAAAUUGACGCAAAUUUGGAUAGAAUUCGAAGGGAAGGAGACGAGAAAGGAAAGAAAGAGUACUGUAGAGCAGAGAAUCCGGUGGAACCGGGCAUGAGAAUUGGUGAGGGAAGAAUGAAGAAGUUGGAAGAAAAAUAGAGUUCAGAUGACGUUGCAGGAGCAGAAGAAGGGAUGAUGGCGGAUAAGGAGGGACGGACAGUGACUGGCAGGAGAACGGACUGGUCGGAAGUAUACGUAGCGGCCAAGUGCGACACGAGAGACGGUGGGUUUGCUUGUGGGAAAGAAAGACAUGAGAACGCAGUUGUAAAAGUUGAUUAUGUUUAUUAG